AUGGAUCGUCUCGAUCCGGAGCAGCUUCAGGCUGAGGCCAUUCGCCGCCUCUCUCAACAGAGCGAGGGCCUGGAUCCCAGCACCAUCCAGAUCAUCUCUCAAGAGGGCGAGGAACUGGAUCCCAGCACCAUCCAGAUGCUCUCUCAGCAGGGCGGGGGCCUGGAUCCCAGCAUGAUCCAGAUGUUUGUGUCCAGCCCCAAUGGCGGCGGUGACAUGAACGAGACCAGAUCAGUUCAUACCACCUACUCCGAGACUCGCUCCGUCGUCCACUCCGAGACCCGUUCCGUCAUCCGUUCCGAGUCUCGUUCAGAGCUUCAUGGCUCCGGCUCACAGUCAGAACUCCGGCUGCACAGCUCUGGAUCCCAUUCCAUGCUGCGCACUGGUUCGCAGUCUGCCCUCCGAAACGAGUCUUUCUCCGCCGAUUCGCUCUCUGAGCUUCACGCCUCAAACUCUUCCUCGCAACUCAGGGAGUCUGGAUCCCAGUCCGCAUUGAGGUCUGGCUCCGUGACGGCAUUCCAGUCGUCAGGAUCUCUGGCCGCUGUUAACGAAUCCGACGAUCACGCUGCCGCCGACGCUCAGCUUGCCCUUCAAGCAGCUAACGCCCAUGCCUUACUUCAAGGAUCCGAGUCCGUUUCCGAAUUCCGUGACGCCAGGCAAGGCAGUGAAGAUGCCACUCUCGCUACCAAGAGCUCCACCUUCGCCCUAAGUGGCGGCAAUGCUAGCGAUGCCGACAUUAUAAGCAACUCUGCCGCCCGCCAGGGCAGCACAUCCGUCUCCGUCUCCGCCAGGCCCGAUAGCCAGGACGCUAGCACGACCCUGCAUACCGCAAAUUCCGCCUACUUCGAUGCUGACAGCUCUGCCGGCCGCCAUGGCAGCACAUCCAUGUCCGUUUCCGCUAGACCCGAUAGCCAGGACGCCAGCACGACCCUGCACACCGCAAACUCCGCCUACUUCGAUACCGCCAACAACGCAGGAGUUGCUGCUGCUGCCGGUGCCGCCGCCAUCACCGCCUCCCAGCCCCAAGAACGGGCUGAGCCUGCACACGAAUACCGCUCUGUUGUCAAGUCGGACGCGAAUUCUGUGCCCUCGGAGAAGCCUAACAGCGAUGCGGAUGGCGUUACCCUUAACUCUAAGAGUUCUGUCGUGCACGUCAAUGACGGCAUCAAUGUUGCCCGCGCAGAGCACGACUUCCAGGAGCUGAGCCGCGAGCUAUCCCGCCUGUCGCGUAGCCAGAGUAAGAAACACAAAGCCGGUGCAACAGACAUCGAGAAGGUCGCCAGCGUAUCGGAGGAGAGUGAUCAAGAACCUUUUGAUCUCGAGGCUGUGCUCAGAGGACGGAGGGGAGAAGAGGAGGAAGCUGGAAUCAAGUCCAAGAAGGUUGGCGUCAUCUGGGACGGACUGACCGUUCGCGGCAUUGGUGGUGUGAAGAACUACGUCAAGACUUUCCCGCAAGCUUUCGUUUCCUUUUUCAACGUCUACGAGACCGCCAAGAACAUCAUCGGUGUCGGCAAGAAAGGCCGUGAGUUCGAUAUCCUGAAGGAUUUCCGUGGAGUGGCCAAGCCUGGCGAGAUGGUUCUUGUCCUUGGUCGUCCUGGAUCCGGUUGCACGAGUUUCCUCAAGGUUAUUGCGAAUCAGCGUUUCGGUUACACCGACGUCUCCGGUGAGGUCCUGUAUGGUCCUUUCGAUGCUGCGACUUUCGAGAAGCGCUACCGUGGCGAGGCCGUGUACAACCAGGAGGAUGAUAUCCAUCACCCUACUCUCACUGUCGGCCAAACUCUCGACUUCGCCCUGGAGACGAAGGUUCCUGGUGCCCGCCCAGCCGGUCUCAGCAGACAGGACUUCAAGCAGAGGGUUAUCGAUAUGCUGCUUAAGAUGUUCAACAUUGAGCACACGAAGAACACGAUUGUCGGCAAUCCGUUCGUUCGUGGUGUUUCCGGUGGUGAACGCAAGCGUGUCUCGAUUGCUGAGAUGAUGAUCACCAACGCCUGUAUCUGCUCGUGGGACAACUCAACCCGUGGUCUCGAUGCUUCCACCGCUCUCGAUUAUGCUAAAUCUCUGCGGAUUCUGACGGACAUCCACCAAGUCACCACCUUUGUUUCGUUGUACCAGGCUUCCGAGUCCAUUUACAAGGUCUUCGACAAGGUCAUGGUCAUUGACUCGGGUCGCUGCGUGUACUAUGGUGCCGCAAACGAGGCUCGUGCUUACUUCGAGGGUCUUGGCUUCCUUGAGAAGCCUAGGCAGACGACUCCCGACUACUUGACUGGCUGUACCGAUCCGUUCGAGCGCGAGUUCAAGCCUGGACACAGCGCAGACAAUGUUCCCAGCACCCCCGAGGGUCUGGCUGAAGCGUACAAGAAGUCUGAUAUUGCUGCUCGCAUGGACAGGGAUAUGGAGGAAUACCGCGGAGUGAUCAACCAAGAGAAGCAGACCUGGGAUGACUUCCAGACUGCUGUUACUCAGAGCAAGAGGCAUGCCUCCAAGCGCUCUGUCUACACGAUUCCUUUCUACCUGCAGGUCUGGGCUCUCAUGCGCCGUCAGUUCUUCCUCAAGUGGCAGGACAAGUUCUCUCUGACCGUCUCUUGGCUCACGUCCAUCGUUGUCGCUAUUAUCCUCGGUACCGUCUGGCUCAAGCUUCCUACGACCAGUGCUGGAGCUUUCACCCGUGGUGGUCUUCUGUUCAUCUCUCUCCUGUUCAACGCAUUCGAAGCUUUCUCUGAGCUGGCUUCUACUAUGACAGGACGGCCGAUCAUCAACAAGCACCGGGCCUAUACUUUCCAUCGUCCUUCCGCUCUUUGGAUUGCGCAGAUCAUGGUCGACACGGUCUUCGCAAGCGCGAAGAUUUUGGUCUUCAGUAUCAUGGUUUACUUCAUGUGCGGACUGGUCCUCGAUGCUGGUGCCUUCUUCACCUUCGUGCUGAUCAUUAUCUCUGGCUACCUCUCCAUGACGUUGUUCUUCCGUACUGUCGGAUGUCUUUGCCCCGACUUUGACGUUGCAAUCCGUCUUGCAGCUACGAUCAUUACCUUCUUCGUCUUGACUUCAGGAUAUCUUAUCCAGUGGCAGUCAGAGCAGGUCUGGCUCAGGUGGAUCUUCUACAUCAAUGCUCUGGGUCUCGGCUUCUCUUCUCUCAUGAUGAACGAGUUCAAGCGUCUCACCCUCACUUGCGCUUCGGAUUCCCUCGUACCCGCCGGUGGCGACUAUAACGACAUUGCCCAUCAGUCUUGCACGCUCGCCGGUAGCACUCCAGGCACCAACCAGAUCUCUGGUAGCGCCUACAUUGAGCAGGGCUUUGCGUACAACCCUGACGAUCUCUGGCGCAACUGGGGUAUCAUGGUCGUCCUCAUCGUCGGUUUCCUGGGUACGAAUGCUCUGCUCGGCGAGCAUAUCAAAUGGGGCGCAGGUGGAAAGACGGUCACUUUCUUUGCCAAGGAGAACUCCGAAACUAAGGGGCUCAAUGAGGAGCUCCAGCGCAAGAAGGACAAGAGGAACCGCAAGGAGGAAACAGUUGAAGCUGGCGACGGCCUCAAGAUCACUUCCAAGUCCGUUCUCACCUGGGAGGACCUCUGCUACGAUGUUCCGCACCCCUCUGGUCAAGGUCAAUUGCGCCUUCUUAACAACAUCUUCGGUUAUGUCCAGCCUGGCAAGCUUACGGCCCUUAUGGGAGCUUCGGGUGCAGGCAAGACUACUCUUUUGGAUGUUCUUGCUGCGCGUAAGAACAUUGGCGUUAUCAACGGCGAGAAGCUCGUCGACGGCAAGCCUCCCGGUAUCGCUUUCCAGCGUGGUACUGCCUAUGCUGAGCAACUCGACGUCCACGAGCCCAGUCAGACUGUUCGUGAGGCUCUUCGUUUCUCUGCCGACCUGCGCCAGCCGUAUGAUGUCCCCCAGUCGGAGAAGUACGCGUAUGUUGAGGAAGUCAUUUCUCUUUUGGAAAUGGAGGAUAUUGCCGAUGCUAUCAUCGGCGAUCCUGAAAACGGUCUUGCUGUUGAGCAGCGCAAGCGCGUUACCAUUGGCGUCGAGCUUGCUGCCAAGCCCGAGCUGCUUCUCUUCCUUGACGAGCCCACUUCCGGUCUUGACUCCCAGAGUGCUUUCAACAUUGUCCGUUUCCUGAGGAAGUUGGCUGCCGCUGGUCAGGCCAUUCUGUGCACGAUUCACCAGCCGAACUCGGCGCUGUUCGAGUCGUUUGACAGGCUUCUGCUGCUUCAGCGUGGUGGCCAGUGCGUUUACUUUGGCGAUAUUGGCAAAGAUGCUCACGUCCUGCUUGAAUAUUUCCACAAGAACGGCGCCGACUGUCCUGCUGAUCUCAACCCUGCCGAAUGGAUGCUUGAUGCCAUUGGUGCCGGUCAAACCCCUCGCAUUGGUAACAAGGACUGGGGUGACAUCUGGAAGGACUCUGAUGAAUUCGCCAAGGUCAAGGAAAACAUCAUCCGCAUGAAGCGCGAGCGCAUCGAAGAAGUCGGCUCCGCCCCUGAGGUUGAGCAAAAGGAGUACGCCACUCCGUUGUGGUACCAGAUCAAGCGUGUCAACGCUCGCCAGCAGUUGUCUUACUGGCGCACGCCCAACUACGGCUUCACCCGCUUCUUCAACCACGUCGUCAUCGCCCUCUUCACCGGUCUCGCCUUCCUGCAGCUUGAUGAUUCCCGCGCCUCGCUCCAGUACCGCGUCUUCGUCAUCUUCCAGGUCACCGUUUUGCCCGCCCUCAUCCUCGCCCAGAUCGAGCCCAAGUACGCCAUCUCGCGUAUGAUCUCCUUCCGCGAGCAAUCUUCCAAGGCAUACAAGACGUUCCCCUUCGCGCUUUCGAUGGUCAUUGCCGAAAUGCCUUACAGCGUGCUCUGCGCCGUGGGCUUCUUCCUUCCGCUGUACUACAUUCCAGGCUUCCAGUCGGAAUCGAGCCGUGCUGGCUACCAGUUCUUCAUCAUCCUCAUUACCGAGGUCUUCUCGGUGACUCUGGGACAACUGAUUGCGGCCAUCACGCCCGACCCGUUCAUCUCGGCGCACAUCAACCCCUUCGUCAUCAUCGUCUUCGCCCUCUUCUGCGGUGUCACCAUCCCCAAGCCGCAGAUCCCCAAGUUCUGGCGCGCCUGGCUAUACCAGCUCGAUCCCUUCACCCGCCUCAUCGGCGGCAUGCUCGUCACCGAGCUGCACGGCCGCAGCGUCGAGUGCACGAGCGUCGAACUCAACCGCUUCAACGCGCCUGCCAACCAGACGUGCGGCGACUACAUGUCGGGAUACUUCGCUGCCGGUGGUCCCGGAUACAUUGUCAACAACCAGACCAGCGAGUGCGAGUACUGCGCGUACAAGGUCGGUGAUGAGUUCUACCAGCCGCUCGGCUACGAAUUCAGCAACCGCUGGAGGGAUCUGGGUAUCUUUGCUGCUUUCAUCGGCAGCAAUUUGAUUCUGUUGUUCACUGCUGCUCGCUUCUUGAACUUCAACCGCCGUUAA